AUGGUAUAUGGUAAGCCAUAUGCAUAUGGUAAGCUUUUGAAAAAUGAAAUUUCCCGCCUUCAAGCUUUUCUUCUUUUUCUGACGCACAUUUUCGUAUUGGUGCACGUUAACAUCACUGCGUCAUUGUCACCGUACGUUAGCUUCAUAGGUGUAAUUUCGGGUAUGGCUUCGUCAAGACGACUUCAGAAGGAGCUGUCAGACUUGAAGUCCUGUGGAGUCAAGGCAUACGAAAGUGUAGAAUACGAUGAAUCAAAUCUCCUCCAUUGGACAGUGCUUCUUGUCCCAGACAAAGAACCGUACAACAAGGGUGCCUUUAAAGUGAAUAUUGAUUUUCCUGCUGACUAUCCUUUCAAACCACCAAAAAUUACUCUUGCCACCAAAAUAUACCACCCCAAUAUUGACGACAAAGGACAAGUUUGCCUCCCCAUUGUGGAUCCUAACAACUGGAAGCCUGCGACGCGAACUGAACAAGUUAUGAUGGCAUUGCUGGCAUUGAUCCAGGAACCAGAACCUGAUCAUCCUCUUCGAGCCGAUCUGGCUGAAGAAUUCAGCAAGGACCGCAAGAAGUUCAAUAAGACAGCGGAGGAAUUCACGAAGAAACACGCGGAGAAGCGACCCGAGUAG